UGCAGUGUGUUGUUCCCUCUCGAUCGCUCAAAGCGUUCGGUCGCGCGGUGCACUGCUGUGCCAAGAUCGGCGAGGAGAUCUACCUCGAAGCACAAGCCAACCAGUUGCUGGUGCGCACUGUGAGCCUGUCCCGCGCAGCGUUCGCCUGCUUUUCCUUUGCGCCGCAGUUUUUCGACAAGUACCGCACAAUGCCCAUCGCGGGCCUCGCAGUCAACGAGCAGAGCCUCCUGAAGUGCAAAGUGCUCGCAAAGUCAUGCCAGCACAUCUUCCGAUCGCUCACCAACAUUGAAAAGACGGUCGACCACUGCGACAUCUCGUUGGACCUGGACGAGUCCAGGCUCGUCUUCCGGUUGUUCUGCAAGCACGGCAUCACAAAGACACACUACUUGCGCUUUUCCGAGUGCGACACGCUUCAAGCCAUCUACGGCACCGAGCACUGUGUCAACCAGAUUGCAUGUCCGGGUGCUGUGCUGAAUGACAGCGUGGUUCUCUUUCCAGUCAACUUGGAGGAGAUGACCAUCAGCGUCACCGACACGGAGCUUCGCCUCGCUUCGUACACGGAAGAUCUUGUCGACCCAAAGAAAGUCUUGCACACUGAAAUGGUCAUCCAGAAAGACGAGUUUGAGCUGUUUGCUAUCGGCCUGCCUGCAGAUAUCACAUUCUGCCUGAAAGAAUUCAAGGCAAUCCUAACGUUCUGUGACACGCUGAAUGAAGCCAUGCAAAUCCACUUUGACAAUGCGGGAAAACCCAUCAUCCUCUCCGUCGCAACCGACAUGUUCAAGGCUGAGCUUGUCUUGGCCACGCUGCUCGACCCCAUGAACUCGAGCACAACCAGCUCGCAGCAAGUUCCGUCGUCGGCAUCACAACAACAGCACUUCCAUCCUCAGAGUACGCCGCAGCACCAGUCGACUCCGACCAUCAAAUCAUCGCCAAAGCACGAAUACUCGAGUCAGCAAUCGGCGUCCUCGCACGGACCCACUUCCACAGGACAACUGUUUGGCAGCGGGAGGUCGAACGAUUCGCAGCGUCCGUCUCACCACACCUCCAGCCACAUGCAAGUGGAUCAUGCAACGACCUGGGUUGCACCGCAACCCACGCCACAGCAAUCGCCGCAGCGCAACCACGUUGCUGCAUCCGGCCUGCUCUCCUCCGCAUUCGGAAGCCACCACGGCGCAGACCGGAUGAGUCCAAACAUCAUGCCCACGCUGGGCAGCUCGAUUCCACCUCCAGCCACAUCCAGCUCUCUUCCACGCAUCGGCAUGCAACCAGUGGCCGUCGGAGGUGGCGGCGGUGCAGACCUUGCAGGCGAGGCGCGUGCUGCUGCUGCUGCUGGCGUUCUGCCGCUCCCAUGGACUACGAUCGUGCGCAUGACGUCGAUGAUGAUGAUGACGAGUAUAUUGAUGCUGCUACGCCACCUCGAGAGCUCUCUGACGAUGAGGGCCAAUAGUUGCCGUGUUGAUCGCCUUCAGUUUGUCCGAACUUGUAAUUUCUAUUGUAAUUUUUAUUUGUAAUUUUAUUUGAACUUGCACGCCGUGCAUC